CUUGGCCGCAGUGGAGGCGCUCUCGCUCGGCUGCAUCUGGGUCAGUGAGUCGGGCCCGCGUCGUCCCUCUCCGAAGCGGUGCGCAGCGUUCAAAGUCGCGGUGUCGGGAAAAUGCAAGCGAACUGGAACCGGGCAGGAGCGGCAGACCGAGCUGUCAUGCCGCAACGGAGCCCAGAACGGCGACUCGACAGCGGGAGAGGUUGCCAAUGGACUCCCGCCUGUCUCCUCCAACAAUAAUGGCAACUCCGUGAGCAACAAUAACAACAAUGGAGUGACAGCGGCGAGCGAGCUGAGCAGCAGCCCGCAGAUCGACGUCUCCUCGGCGGGGAAGAAGAAAAAGCGCCUGUCCCAGUCCGAAGAAGAUGUGAUCCGGCUCAUAGGACAACAUUUACACGAUUUAGGGCUCAAUCAGACGGUGGACCUCUUGAUGCAGGAGUCCGGCUGUCGACUGGAGCAUCCUUCAGCCACAAAGUUUCGGAACCACGUCAUGGAGGGAGAGUGGGACAAGGCUGAGAGUGACUUGAACGAGCUGAAGGCGCUGAUGCAUUCUCCCAGCGCUAUUGUGAGGAUGAAGUUCCUGUUGCUGCAGCAGAAGUACCUGGAGUUCCUGGAGGACGGGAAGGUUCUGGAGGCUCUGCAGGUUCUGAGGGCCGAGCUCACUCCUCUGAAGUACAACACUGAGAGGAUACACGUGCUCAGCGGGUACCUGAUGUGCAGUCACGCUGAGGACCUCCGAGCCAAAGCCGACUGGGAGGGAAAAGGCACCGCGUCUCGGACCAAACUCCUGGACAAACUACAGACGUACCUGCCCCCCUCGGUGAUGCUGCCCCCUCGGAGGCUCCAGACUCUGCUCAAACAGGCCGUGGAGCUGCAGAGGGAGCGCUGUCUGUACCACAACACCAAACUGGUCUCAGGACUGGACUCUGUGUCUCUGCUGCUCGACCACACCUGCAGCCGGAAGCAGUUCCCGUGCUACACUCAGCAGAUCCUGACUGAACACUGUAACGAGGUUUGGUUUUGUAAAUUCUCCAACGACGGAACUAAACUGGCCACAGGCUCAAAAGACACAACCGUCAUCGUGUGGCAGGUCGACCUGGAGACUCACAGUCUGAAGAUGCUGAAGACUCUGGAGGGUCAUGCGUACGGCGUGUCAUAUCUGUCCUGGAGUCCUGACGACGUUUACCUCAUCGCCUGUGGCCCCGACGACUGCUCCGAACUGUGGCUGUGGAACGUGCAGACGGGCGAGUUACGGACCAAAAUGUCUCAGUCUCACGAGGACAGUCUGACCAGCGUGUCGUGGAACCCAGACGGCAAGCGUUUCGUCACCGGGGGGCAGCGUGGACAGUUCUACCAAUGUGACCUGGAUGGAAACCUGCUGGACUCCUGGGAGGGGGUGCGGGUGCAGUGUCUGUGGUGUCUGAGCGACGGACGCACAGUUUUAGCCUCAGACACUCACCAACGAAUCAGAGGCUACAACUUUGAGGACCUCACUGACAGAAACAUAGUGCAAGAGGACCAUCCCAUUAUGUCGUUCACCGUCUCUAAAAACGGCCGCUUGGCGCUGCUGAACGUGGCGACUCAGGGCGUGCACCUUUGGGACCUGCAGGACCGGGUGCUGCUGAGGAAGUACCAGGGUGUCACCCAGGGCUUCUACACCAUCCACUCCUGCUUCGGGGGACACAACGAGGACUUCAUCGCCAGCGGCAGCGAAGAUCACAAAGUGUACGUGUGGCACCGUCGCAGUGAGUUGCCCAUCGCGGAGCUGAGCGGGCACACUCGGACAGUGAACUGUGUGAGCUGGAACCCCGCGGUGCCCGGGCUCCUGGCCAGCGCCUCUGAUGACGGAACGGUCCGGAUCUGGGGUCCCGCUCCUUUCAUGGACCUGCCUGAAGCAGAGGGCCUAAGUGAGUGCUGCAGCAUGGACAGCUGAUAGUCGCUUCUACCACUCAGACUUUUCUCUCACCUGACACCUGGACAAAGGGACGAAUUUUCUGAACAGCCAUUGGACAGCGGCUCGUGUGUGGGCGGGACAUAAAAAAAGGGAGUCACCAAAACUAUGAACCAAUCAAAACACUGAUGUCAGGCUCCCAUUUUUGAAAGACCCGCCUCCUCCCCUUUGGACCACAACACCCAAAUCCUAAUAUUUAUUACCAAUGUUAUUUAAUCUCCACAGAAAAUGGAGGACCUCUCAUGAGAAUCUACUCGCAGCGUAUUUGAAGGAUGUAUCGGCCACUUGAAGAAAUACUUUUUAAAUUGAAAUGCUUUUAAAGAUGUUUUUGUUUUGUUUUUGGUCCCUGGUUUACAUUGCUUUGACGUGCAAUGACUGAGCAUGUUGCCUCGAGAGAAAUUACAUUUGUAUAAGAUGUCACUACAUUUGAGUUCAGAUGGAGGCAGGAACUGAUCACAACUGGCGCUGACGUGCAACUUUGCCUGAUUCUUACUGCUUUUUGUGCAUGAAGAGCGCCCCCUGCACUUGAAACAAAGCACUACAUUGAAUAGUCACGAGUCGAGUUGAUUCAAUUCAAACUUUAUUCUUAAAAAUGUUCCUUUAUGUGGCAUUAACUCUACUUUUUCAUUCACCAAUUUUGAUAAUGGUGCUUAAUGGGAAUGAAAGACAGUAUUUAUUAUAGGGACAGUGAAAAUUAAUGAGCUACUGUGUAAAUUACAGUGUAAAUGGGAGCACAGAACCAAGAUUUUAACUUCUCGUCUUGUCCAGAAUACUCACUUCUUCAGUACUUUAUGAAAAUCUGCGUUGGGUCAAUCUAUUCACGCUUACCAGAAGACGUUUGGAAACAUGCGGAUUACGACUUCCAGUGUAGCUACGACACUCAGCAUGUGAUAAAACCGUGGAUUCAGCAGCAGUGUCUUCACAACCUGCCAAAGACUUCCAUGAGGGGCGUGACUUUAAAAAAAAUAAAUCAAUAAAAUUAGAUAAAUUAUAAAACACAAAUUAAUAGGCAAGUUAUAAAAGCAAAAAAGAAAGAAUACAAUGACAUCUAGAUAAAGAAAACCAGGCAAUUUUCUCAGUUACCCUGCGUUCGAUUAUCCUUCCAAAUCGGUUUUCCGAGGAAGUUGCCUUGAGACACGGAGCGACUCGGACCUCGGUGGUGGAAAAAGCAGACCGAGCAAGGAUUCCGAGUCAGAAUCCAAGAUAGCUCUGCCUACUGUGAUGUGUAAAUAUGAAGUGUUUUCAUUGUGUCUGGACACUUUGGUGGUUUAAAUGACAGUUCUCCAUGUCACUGCCUGUGGGUUUGAUAGUCAGUGUUGUGGUGAGGCCAGUAUUGAAAAAAUACUUGGUUUAACAGGCGUUAAGGUUGUAACGGAAGAGAAAUCAUAACAUAAAAAGAAGUGCAAAUGUCAAAAAUAAAAAAAAAUUAAAAUGAAAUUAAAAAUUAAAGUGGAUGAGGGAAUAGUCAUGAUCAUAAUCCACGUAGUCCGACACGCGAAACAUAAUAAUACGCUUCAAGAUCGGAUAUGGCGUCAAAUCCGAGGUCCAAGUGGAAGUCGAAAGAUAAUCGUAUGCAGGGUUAGGAUCUCCAACAAAGCCCAAAGCCCGCAUGUUUCCAAAAGUCUUCCAGUUCUGUGACGUAAGCGUGAAUAGAGCCCACUGGUAAAUCUCUCAGUUCAGAGUUCAGUGAUUGACAGGUGGAUUAGCCAAUCAGAGACACUCAUGGUCCAACCGAUCAAAAAAAAAAGGCUGCCUAUGAUGAAAAAAGAGAUUAAAAAAUAUCUCGAGCGACUGAAAAACAUGACAGAUCAAAAAUGAAAAAUGAAAAGACCCGUGAGCUCCUUGGUCUCACGUGCGUCAGUGAAAUAAACAAAUCUGACUGGACGAUCCUGCUUGGUUCUAGAUCAAGAUGCGGCUCAUUGUUAUAAAAAAAAAUACAGAGUGAAACCAGUUUGAAUUCCCAGGUCUAAAUCAUCGCAAAAAAAUCAUAAAAUCGUGAUGUUUCUUUUCACAAUUAUCAUAACACUAAGACUUGAUAUGGUGACGUCUCUAGUAUUUGUUUUCCACGUGGCCUCUGCUCUUCCUGCGUCCAUCUGAACUUUGCACUAAACUGGAUCAUGAUUUUGUCGUUCGCUGCCUGAUUUGAACCAAACGCUUUUCCUUUUGGCCUUUGACCUUUAUUUAUUUAUUUGCGCGUUGUUUUUUCCUGUUACACCUUUACGCUUUUAGCUCUAAGUCUGUUUUUUUGUUUGUUUUUUUCUUCAGUGUAGCGUUUCAUGGCGUCUGUUUUCUUGGAUUGCUGAAAUGUUUAUGAAAUGUAUUUAUUUGGAUUUUUUGCUUUUCGAUUUUUAUCUUUGUUUGUUUCAGUUUGUUUUGGGGUGGUGCAGUUUAGGUAGGACACACUCACUCAUGAAAAAACGUCCAUAUUUUUCAAACUAAGUAGCCUACAUUUUUCAUAUCCAGUAAACAGACCAAAGCCAAUUCAACGUGACUUAUUAAAAGACAAUUUUGUGCCAUGAUAAAUAGUAAAGACAAAUUAUCAUUAUUGUUAUUAUUUAUUAUUAUUACUAUUAUGUGUCUAAAUUAUGUUAAUGAAAUUGUUAAAAAUAGACAAACUACGCCACUGGGCUAUUUCUGAUUGUUACACUUACCCAUUAUCACUACAAGUUUUGAUCAUUUUAACAUGAUAUUAAAGGUGCAAUGUGGAGGGUUUGGCACUGUCUUGUCUCCAUGGAGAUGUUUUUGCGUUGCCUUGAAUAUUCCACAGUAUGGCAUUACACUUACCAUAUUUUUCAGACUAAGUUGCUUCAGAGUUUAAGUCGCACAAACCAAAAAAUGCGGAAUGAAGAAGAAAAAAGCAUAUUUAAGUUGCACUUUUUGGGGGAAAUUUAUUUUAGAAAAUCAGAGACCAGGAACUGACAAUUUCCUUGUGAAAGUCAAGUUCUAGUAAAAACAACAGAACAGAGAACAACAGACUGUUAACGUCACAUAUGAACAGUUCUUCAGAUAAACUAUAACAUAAACAACAGAACAGAACAAGUUUAACAAACUCUUCAUCUCACUCCAAAUCACUAAAUCUGUUCAAUUCUUCAUCCUCGGUGUCACUUCUGAGCAACUCCACAACCUCCGGAGGUAAACAGAGCGCCGCUUCCUCUUCUGUGUCACUGUUGUCAGACUCGGCAUCAGUUCUAGUUAGAAUUAUUCCGGCCUUUCUGAAUCCCGACAGGAUGGUUUCGGUGUCACUGAAGUCCAGGUUUUGUUGAUUCCAUCCAGUGACUUCCAGAAAAUUUGCAUGGCGCACCCUCCCGGUUACUCUCUCCAAACUUUCUUUCUGCUACUCGAUUACCACUUUCAGCUGCAUGUUUUACUACUUGCAGCAAGACAGAGGCUCUUUCUGCAGGAGACAUGCGCAGUAGAGCGAAGUGACAGUGGUACAGGAGGAACAGGAGCAGCAGAUACUCACACACAAGACUAGAGUGCCCUCUGUUGGCUGUCAGUGUGAACAUUUUAAUAUAUAAAUCACACCUAAGUCGCAGAAACACCCAAACCAUGAAAAAAAGUGCAACUUAUAGUAUGAAAAAUACGGUAUAUAUUUAUAUGUGUUUUCACCACUUAUAAAUGCCUUGAAAACCAUGCAGUCUUACUGUGAACAGGCUUCCCUCUCCACAGAUCUGACCAGGAACUUCUGGUCUGGUGGAGUCACCUGUUUGUGUCCAUGGAGGUAGAUUUCUUAAAGGGCACACUGUGGAAUAUUCCAGCUAAGAAUAAAUAAGGUGACAUAAGAGUACUAUGAAGUUAUGAAUUAAUUGGAGUAAUAUUAUUUGUAAAAAACAUGAAGAUGGUUUAUUCAAGAAAUUAUUAAUAAGAUGAAUUUUAUUACAUUUUAAGUAUAUAAAAGGUAUUUAUUUUUGUAUGUAUUCAUUUUCUAAUCAGCUUCUUUCAUCUGAUCUAAAACAACAGCCUUGAAUUGUUGAUCAUGGGUUUUAGCGAGUGUCCCAAGAUUUAAUUUGAUGCCCCAAAAUGACCUUAAGGAAAAAAAAAAUAGUAAUUGUAUUUGUAAUUUGCACAUUGUAAAUAGCAUGCAGCUGGUCUGUAUGUAAAAAACACAUAUAUAUUAUAGAAGAGCAGUUUUAUUUAUAAUAUUUCUUGCUGUUUGGUCACGAUUGGCUUUGGUCUUUAGAUGCAUUUCACCGUUGCUCUGUUUUCCGCUACAACUGGCACCUGUUCCGAUUUUAAUUUUAAGGUCAAAAUAAUGACCAAAAACUCUACGGGGGUUGGAACGAAAUUGUGAAAAUGUUACAUUCAUGCAAACCAAAAUGCUCAAAGAAUUAUUUAAGUAGUUUCAAGUGAAAGUCCUGGUUUAGACCUGGUUAAAGAGUUUGUAUCUAUCUGCCUUUUAUUUCUAGUUCAGUUCAAACACCUUUUAAUCCUAACAAUUUUAGGAGCUUGUUGUGAAAAAAAAAAAGACUGAACGAUAUGGAUCCUGCCUGUGCAUUUUUAAAGGCAUUUUGUUUGACAAGAACCAUAAGAACCACAAACAAAUAGCUUUAUUGUCAAUUUCUUCACAUGUACUAGACAUACAAAAGAAUCAAAAUAACGUUUCUUUCUGUCCCAUGUGCACAGAUACAACAAAUAACAUCAUCUCUAACCACUACAGCAGGCAUCUCCAACCUUUUUAUUCUGGUGAUCUAUCUUCAUAAACCCAAAAAUGUCAAAGAGCUACUAAUUUUAUCUGUCAAAAGAAAUUAACUACAGGUUGGAGACCCGACCUGCACCACAGUAAUCAUAGAUAAAUAAAUUAAGCUAAAAACACUAGUGUACAGUUCAGUGCAUUUCAAGUCAGAUCAAGUAUCAGCAGCAGUAAUAAGAAACAGCAGAAUGUUGCAGAACACAAAGCAGUUUCUUAUGUGGGUCUAGUGGAGGAGUGUCAAACUCAAAUUCGCAGAAAAUUAAAAACUGGGACUAAGUCGUGGGCCAAACUAAAUAUUUAAUGGAAAAUUUCGACAACAUCUGCAUGUUUUCUCUUCUUUCGAGAUAUGUAAUGUUAAACCUUUUCUUGUUAAAAUAAAUGUUUAAUAAUAGUUUUGCUUAAACAUUGAAACCAGAACAAGCAUAAUAUAAAAUAAUAACAACAUUUAAAAUAAAUAAUGUCUCUAUAGUCGAUCUGUAGCCGGCGGGCAGCUCUAAUACAUGUUUGAUAUGAUCUCGUGGACCAAAUAUAUCACGAGUCAGGUUGAGUCUGAUAUGUCUGGUCUUUUUGGGGGAUUGGGGAGGGGGAGGUCUAAGUCCAGGUGUUCUUUGGGAAGUUCUGUUCUUGGGGAGGUGCAGAUUCCUAGCUUCCUGGCAGCCUGGUUGGUAGAGAGGGAAGAGAGUUCGGUACCCGUUGUUCAGAAUUGGGCUUAGUCCUGGAUUACCACCUACAGUACAUUCUUAUUUUAUUUGUCCUUGUGAGUAUCACCAGAUCUAAACCAGGUCUAUACUAGGACUAAACUAGGACUAUACCAGGUCUAAACUAGGUCUACACCAGGUCUAAACUAGGACUAUAUCAGGCCUUUACUGGGUCUAAACUAGGACUAUACCAGGUCUAAACUAGGUCUACACCAGGUCUAAACUAGGACUAUACCAGGUCUAAACUAGGACUAUACCAGGUCUAAACUAGGUCUACACCAGGUCUAAACUAGGACUAUACCAGGUCUAUACUUGGUCUAAACUAUGUCUACACCAGGUCUAAACUAGGACUAUAUCAGGUCUUUACUAGGUCUAAACUAUGUCUACACCAGGUCUAAACUAGGACUAUAUCAGGUCUAUACUAGGACUAUAUCAGGUCUAUACUAUGACUGUACUAGGUCUAAACUAGGACUACACCAGGUCUAAACCAGGACUAUAUCAGGUCUAUACUAGGUCUAAACUAGGUCUACACCAGGUCUAAACUAGGACUAUACCAGGUCUAUACUAGGACUAUAUCAGGUCUAUACUAUGACUGUACUAGGUCUAAACUAGGACUACACCAGGUCUAAACCAGGACUAUAUCAGGUCUAUACUAGGUCUAAACUAGGUCUACACCAGGUCUAAACUAGGACUAUACCAGGUCUAUACUAGGACUAUAUCAGGUCUAAACUAUGACUAUGCUAGAUCUAAACUAGGACUACACCAGGUCUAAACUAGGACUACACCAGGUCUAAACUAGGUCUAAACUACGAGAUGUGUGAAGAAUCCCUCAGUCGUCCAGGUAGAAUCCAUGGCGAGGAGAAAAUUCAGUUUGUUGACUGGACAAAAGUUAUUUUGAAGACGUUUCGCAGCUCAUCCAAGCUGCUUCUUCAGUUCAGAACUGGUCUAAACUAGGACUAUACCAGGUCCAAAUUAUGGCUAUACCAAGUCUAAACCAGGUCUAUAACGGGACUACACACUUCCACAAGUACAGUCAGAUUGAAAUGUGUUUUGAACUGACUCUAAAUUCAACAAACAUUUUAAACUACAGAGAAAUACCACAAUUUUAAAAGGUCUGAUCCAACCACAGCUAAAAAACAUAUUAUUAUUAUUAUUUAUAUUAGCCUCGUGUGUUUUGUUCAAACCACCCAGAUUUCCUCGGAUCAUCGUCGGGGGUGGUGCCAGUUUUAGCGGAGCCCGUGUCCGUGUGGGUGGGUGUGUCGUUGGCAGGGGUCGGUGCUGUGAAUACUUUUGUAACAUAAGGACUUGUACAGAGAUUUUCCUAAAGUCUCCGGAUCAUUGCCUGAUAUCUGUGAGCUGUGCUGUACUUCCUCUGUUAUGGCAUGUUCCCUUGGGCAGCUUUAAGUUUCAGGCUCCCACUUAUUACAAUAGGACUGAAGAAAACACGCUCUUUUAUUAGAUUUUACUUUUAACUCUCUUCAAAAACAAACGAGACGGUGAUAUUAAUAAAGAUGCACUGUGUAGCUUUUCUGGUGUAACUCCCACAGUACAGCAUUAAACGUAUCUAUCUAUAUUACUCGUUUACACAUUUUAAUUGCGCAAAAAUACCUUGAAAAACAUGUGUACUGUAAGCGGGCUCGCCUCUACACAGAUCUGUCACACAUGCGAGUUUACAAGAAGAUGGGCAGGUUUAGUGCUAUAGUGUGGAAUAUUCUAGACACACUUUCAAAAUUGGAAAGCUACAGUGCAACUUAAAAUGCAUUGCUUCAUGAAUGUCGGACUUCUGGUCAUCGCGCAGUGCAUACUGGGGAGGAUCCUCUGAAAAAGUGAGCAUCAAAUCGCCAUGUUUGAUUUCCUAGUGGGAUGCGUCUAUUGACAAAGUCUAUCUUUUCAAGGCUUUUGAGCCAUAUCACUUUUGUUUCUGGUUCUGAUAGUGUUAUAUUUUAGUUAUGGGAUUCAGACAUCGUAAUUGUGUGGUUGUUGUAUGUCCUAACAGCGGAA